UGCCGUGACUUCGUGGUUUAUUUACCAACCACUAAGCCCUUUAAACGAGCCAAACCUAUCGCACGAUAGCUGCUGUGGCGCGCACCCACUCACCGGUAAUGGAUGUGAAGCGACAGCAAACCAGUAAUGAGUCCCAAACGAAGAAUGCACCAAAGAACGGCGUUGAGAACCAGGAAAAAGGGUCCACAGGCCGGAAGUGUCUCAUGUGUUUGCAGUCGUACGAAGAACUGGGCGCAAUUGAAACUGAGUCGUCCGAAGAGUUGAAACGGAUAGUGGAUAACAUGUUUAAAAUUGCCAAAAUAGAGAUAUCCCCAACUGGUGGUAAAGUAGAACCGCUCUGUAGCAGCUGUCGUGCCAAACUGGGCUACGAUUUUGACGAGGACGCAUACUAUGAAAUGCUAAGCCAAACGUAUAGUGAAACGAGUCCUCCCAGUAGUAAUCCUACCCUUUUCGGAAAUGGGCCUCCUGCGCAUACAGGAGGCACCCCAGUGGAGUAUCCCGAAUCUCCAACAGGACCACUGUUAGAUGCUGCAUGUGGUACGUUUGUAGUUACCGAGUUCGGCCGAGACGAGGCAGCUGACAAAAGUUCCGAUCUGAAAUGCGUCGUCUGUGCUAAAGUAUUUAACUUCAGAUCUACCCUUAGGCUGCAUAUUCGAAGCCAUUACAGUACUUCGCAAGAGUUGGAACCUCAGAAACCGCAACGAAAGCCCCGAAUGUAUGAGUGUGGAGAGUGUAACAUCAGCUUCAAAUUGAAGUACGACUACGACAAACACCAGGCCAUCCAUAAUCGUGGAAACCUGUUCCAAUGCGAAAUUUGCUACAAACUGUUUAAACACAAAUCCUACUAUUUGAUGCACCGGAAUGCGAAGCGCUGUAAGGCAGUUUCGCUGCCAAUGACCCCGAUGAAUCUCAGUACUAAUUCCGUAAGGAAUAUUAGUCCAGAAAAGCAGCUACAAGAGAUAAGUACUCUCAGCGAAGGUAUCAGACAUACUAGUUAAAAAUGUUCAACAAAACGGUACAGCAAAUUAUAUUUUGAAACGAAACAAGCUUCCUUCGUUUAUGCCAUAGCAACAGCAUAAAAUAUAGAUGUUUUAAAUAUUUUAGCAUUAGCCGUUAUAGAUGUAUUCGAGGUCGGUAAAAGUGGCAAGAUUAUUAAACUCUCCAUUCCCCUAUCCCAAUCUUCGACCAACUCUACAUCGAUGUUUAGUUGAUAAAAAUCCUACAAGCAUUAAACAUUUUCAAAAGAAAGCAUUCGCUUUUUUUCAGCGAACCAGAAUCACUAUCUCAAUCUUGCCAAUUUAUUCUCGGCCUCAACCAACAAUUUCUGGUCUUUUUUAGUCAUUAACUGUAAACACAUUCAAACAUACCAAAGCAAAAACUCACAAUAGAAAUCAGUAGAGUUAUAAAUCUUAGUAUAUAAGGCGGUAAAAUCGUAAUCGUAGAGUUCGAUUGUUAAUUACAACCACAUAGAACGCAAGGAUAGACAGAACCCCCCAGGAGGGAGCGAAAGUCGCCAUUCGAUACACUGAAGAUACCGAGGGACGAAAACCAAAUGGCUAUAGAAAGAUGUGUCAUUGUGA